GCAAAACGGCAAAGGCUAGCAAAACAAACAGCAAAGACCUUUAGCUGACGACACGUGUUCAGUUUUUAGCAGCUGAGCUAAUAUUAAAUGUAAAGUAAUAUCUUAAGCACUAGAUAAGCAUAUUUCUUAAAUGAGCUUAAAGACUCGUAGACUGAAUUUAAAAAAUGGUUCAGAACAAAAGUUUAUUCAUUACAUAUUUUCUUUGGUUGUUUUUUGGUUGGUUUGGGGUCCAUCAUUUUUAUCUUGGACGUGAUCGACAAGCGUUUGCCUGGUGGUCCACCUUAGGAGGAGUAUGCCUCCUUGGUUGGAUAAGAGACUUGUGGAGGAUACCUGAUUAUGUAGAAGAUGCGAAUGAAACUGAAGAGUUUUUACAAGAGUUUACUAGAAAGCUCCAGCUUAGGAAAUACCCACGCUUUCAAAUUGUUCGUUUUGCCGGGCAGCUAAUGGUUGGAUAUUUUUAUGGGAUUCUAGUUAGAAUGGCACUUCCUGAAGAAACACCGUAUUUUGUAGUUGGUGUUUUAGUUUCAGUAGGUGUGACCACUGGGACCCACAUGAUUGGCAAUAUUGGUAGAGAACAGGGAGGAUUUAAGUUUCCCUUUCUUGCAACCUUAACAUGUUUUUCUCUCUUGUCUUUCCUCACUAGUGAAGAAGCAAGCUGUAUGUAUUGCGCUCUAGCUGCCACGUGUACAUUUCAAUACUUUCGGGAAUACAGACAAACUUAUAGGCGGAAUUCUUUGUGUAAGCGAGUUUUAUUGUUUUCUUGGUGUAUGUUUAUCAUCAUGGCUUUAUGGAUGUGUUUCUUUUACUUUAACGCUGAGAUUACAACUGAUGACGGAGAAACGAUAAAAAUACGUGACUCGGUAAAUCAUUUCUUCAAAUCACCUGUAUGGCUAGAAUUCAAAAGCACUGUGUGGGAAUUAUACGAACAGGGAAAGAAACAUGGAUGGAAGAACAUUUAUGACGAGUUAAUAAAAGCUUUAGAUCCGAAAGGUGAGGCGAAUGCUAGGAAAGUUUUAGGUGUAAACGAAACUGCUAGUAACGAAGAGAUAAAAAGAAUCUACAAGAAAUUAGUACGGAAAUGGCAUCCUGAUAAAAACAAGGAGAACAAAGAGGAAGCACAACAAAAGUUUAUGGAAAUUCAAGAAGCUUAUGAUAUUUUAACUAGUAGAAAGAACUCAAAAUCAAGGCAAGAUUCUGAAAGGACUGAAUUUUAGUGUUUUUAUUUUGUGUAACGUUAAUCUUUAGGUUUUAAUUUAAAAACAAUAAAUAGAUACACAUGUAUAUAUAUUGGGUUUAGGGAUGCAAGUCUAUUUUUUGCAACUAAAAAAUGUCUAUCGUAGGGAAGAAAUUUUUGUGGAAGUUAAUUUUGCAGAGUUUUUAUUCUCCCCGAUUUUUGGCGCUAUACCUAAAUUAUUGUGAUUUAAAGAUGAAAAAAUUUGAUUUUGUAAUAUAAAUUAUAGUGGUUUCAAUGCUUAUUCUUUACACUCUGCAACAUAAAUUAUUACGUUUUAACAAUCUUACGACAUUAAUUUUUGCAAUUCUAUUAUUUUUUAUCGAUUUUAAAAAAAAAAUUCUGAAAAUGUUUUUCAUGGCUACCUCUGCAUUUUUAGUAUGGUUUUUUUUACUGUUAUUUUUGGCAUUUUUUAAUAAUUUUGUAACAUUAAUUGUUGCAAUUCCUAAAGGUAGUGCAUUUUGUGACAAAAAUUAAAUUAAAUCUGUUGUAAUAAUUAUAUUUCGCAAAAAUUACACUGUACAGAGCCAAUGGCAAAAAAUUUGUCAGCUGCAAUUUAAGAUCCGCGAUUCCUUUAACAAGCUAUUAAAUUAAAUUGAAAAAAAAUACAUAAAAGUCUUGAAGACACAACGAGGAACGAAACGAGGAAAUUGACAAUGUUUAGAGUGACAUAUUUUACUUAGUAUUUCAUUUUGACACUGUUUAGAUAUAUUACAUGUUUUUGUCAUAAUUUUUCUUUGUUUUUAUAAAUGGCUGUUAUAAUCACCAACAGCUAUUCCGCGUUUUUUGCGAUAACAUUUAAUUGCAAAAAUUUAUUCCGCCUUUUGUAUCAAAAUCUUUCCAAUGAAAAAAAAAUUGUACUGCAAAAAGGCAUAUCAAUCGUGAAAAUAAGAUCCGAAAAUUUUUUUAGUGUUUAAAAAAAAUCACGCAGAGACUCAAUGUUAGCAAUUUUCAGUAAUAAUUAUUUGUGAUUCGCAAACUUUAUUCUUCGUGAAAUAUUCUAAUUUUUGCAAUUCGCUAAUUUUUUACCAGUUUUUCUCACAAUUUCCUUCGGGGUCGGACCCAAAAAUACGUGGUAAUUCGGGUUCUUUAUUUUUUUUAAAUUUAACGAUUUUAAAUAAAUAUAAAUUCAAAAUUACCAUUUUUUAAUCGUUCACAAAAUUUUCUCGUUCCGGUGGGCGGAGUUAGCAGUAUUUUUCUGGGAUUUUCAACGUGUAUUUAAAAAAAUCCAAGUCCAAGUAUAAAUUAUAUAUUUAAAGUAAAUUCCCUUUGUGGAUGUUGCUCUCGUAAAAAAGCGCCUAUUUCCAUGAGAAAGGAUUCCAGUUAUUAUUCAAAAAAGGAUCUCACCUGGAUGUAUGUUUGUUUUGAAACGUCAAAUUGUGUUUUUGUCAUGGGUAAUAUAUGUAAACGCGUAAAAGAAAAUAUGUAUUAUUUCGUAGAAUGGUAUAAAUAUUUGACACUGGUUUGAUGAAAUUGAUUUUCUAGUGGUUUUAAUGAUAGUGUGCAAUGCACUAUCAUUUUUUUUUAAUUUUUGGUGCUUAUUCAGUGUGGCAGCAAACGAAUUUUAUUUUA